AUGAAAGGAUUAAGUGUUAGUAGUUUUUUCUCCCAAAAGCAUGGGGGUGACGAGAGGAGCCAUCAAAUCGGGGAGAGUAACCAAGAUGAGAAAAAUGGCCAAUGUGAGCAGAACAUCCAAGAUGAGAAAAAUAUCCAUUGUGAGAAAAACAAGCGAGAUGAAGAAUGUCAUAAAAAGGACGCAUUUGUAAACCAAACACCAAAUACAUGUGUGGAGAAUCAAAAGAAUUGUACAAAUGGAUUGGACAAUCCAAGUAAUGACAGAAGAAAAGAAAAACGAACAAAACAGUUCAGGGAUAUCAACAAAAUAGCAUUUUAUGAGGCGGUUCUGAAGCAACUUCGUGAUGACAACUUAACGGAUUCGUUUGAUGCACUGAGAAGAGAAAUAAAUUUGGAAGAAAGCAAAACGGCUAGUGAAAAUUAUCUGUUUAAGUUAUACACAAAGGGUAUAUACAAAGCAGGGGAAGACAGAGAAGAUGGAGAAGAUGGAAAAGAUAGAGAAGAUGGAGAAGAUGGAGAAGAUGGAGAAAAUGGAGGGGGGAGAGACAAAGAGGCGAGUGAAAAAAUAAAAAAGUUAAGAUCAUAUCAUGUGUUCAACAGAAAUUUACAAUCACACAGCAACAGCAUGAACGUUUUAAAUUUUGAUAAUUUAAAAAAGGAAAGAUAUGAGAGAAAAGUAUACUCCUACGACAUUAGUGAUCGAGUUGAAUUAAUUCAUCAAAAUAAAUGCACAAGUUGUGCAACGAAUAGCACGAGAAAUGUGCUAUGCUCAGGUGGGUCUGAUAAUAUUAUAAAAAUAUGUAAAAUUUAUGAUAAUAUUAAGAAGAGAAAAGUUCACAUCAUUGAUAAUAAACAUAUGGGGAAAAUUAAUUGCUUGAAAUUUCAUCCGAUGAAAAAUGUUUUAUUUUCAGCUAGCGAUGAUUGCACGGUUCAAAUUACAGAUGUAAGCAAAAUGUUAAAAAAAAAGAAACAACCUUUUAAUUAUAGAAGAAGUAUGAGGGAAAAAUUGAAUGAACAACAUGAAUUAAAUAGAAAUAUUCUCAUACAAGACAAAAAUGCAUUCAUAUAUUUGUAUGUUCAUCCGUGUGGAGAUUUUUUAUAUGCUUGUAAUAAAAAUGAAAAUAUAGUUAAACUAUUCGAUUUAGAGACUCUAAAAUGUUUCACGUCUUAUGAGAAAAAUGAUUUUCAUCACAGUUCAUCCAUAAAUUGCAUCAGUGGGACAUUAGAUGGGAGUUUAUAUGCAUCUGUAUCUCUAGAUGGACAUAUAAAAUUUUGGGAUGGUCAUGAUUCCAAAUUAAUACACACCGAAUUUAAUGCGCAUAAUGGCUACUCCGUAGAAUCCAUUAAAUUUAACAAAAAUAAUUACUAUAUUCUUACAUCUGGUUUAGAUGGACAAACAAAAAUAUGGGAUACACGCAAUUUUAAAUCUUUAUUUACAUUUGGAAAUGGGUUCUUAUCAUGCACAUCAAAUAAAAGCAUAUUCAUGAAUGAUGAACAUUUCAUUGCAAAUGUCAUUCAAACCAAUGAUCACUUUACGUCCAAAUUUUAUAUUUACAAUUCUUAUUUUGGAAAUCUCGAAUAUAACAUACAAAAUAUACACAACGAUCAAAUAUCGGAUAUUGUCAACGCUAGAGAUGGAUUGAAUGUCCACACGGCUAGUUAUGAUUACAUCUGCAAAACGGUUAAAAUUGAGCAAAAACCUUUGCAGAAUGAUGGAGGGUGA